CAGCUACUGAAUCUCCAAUGUCAGAAUUGAAAAACGUAUUCAAGAACAGAAACAUUGGAAAAGAUACAGCAACAUCUUCCCCGAACGCCACAAUAGAAAAGAAAAAUCCACCAAAAGUCCAAACAAAACCGAUGCAACCAACAAAACCAGUUCAGCCAAAACAACCACCAAUCGCCUCCAAACCCGUUCAACCAAAUCAAAUGAAACUAAUUCUACCAAAGAUAGAAGCGAGUUUAAAAUCUCCUAAACCUAUAAAAACUACUAUAUCACCACAGAAACCUCCUUUAGUGAAAAAACCGCCGCCAACAGUGUCGAACGCUUCACAAAAUUCAAAAUGGCCUCCUGUUUUAACAGAAACACAACAGGCGCCAAAGUUGAUUCCUGUGAAACAAAAAGUCCAAAAGUCGAUUCAGAAAAGGCCGUUGCCAAAACCUGAUGCAAGACCGUUACCGCCGGAUCCGAUUCUAGAGGAUGAUGAUAUGCCAAUAUAUCAGAUGGCUGACGAAGAUGACACACCAGAGGCGGAAGAUGAUGAAGAAUGGACAUACGAACCACUAGAACAAUACAACAUAUACAAUAUGUAGACUAGAGUUAAUAUCGUCGGGUGAUAAGCAAAGUCACUAACUAACAU